CAUACAAAAAAUGCACCGACUUGCGUUAUCAGCCAAACGGAAAGUACUACUCAAUCCGAAAACUGUUUCUAUUUAUUUUUUUGCUAUUCUCUUCACAUUUUUAUUGGCAUAUCAUCAAAGAUUAGGACAGCAUAAUAAUGAGCUUCACAUUUCACGAGUUGUCAACAUGCGAUCUUUUGUAAAAGAAGCCAAUAAUCUAUCAAACAGUCAAAAGAAUCCAAAUAUUUUCGAACCAAAAAAUGAAGUCUGCCAACGACCACUCACAGAGUCUUCUACCAAUUUUAAUACUUUUGACCUAUUUGAGUCAGUUGUUGCCAAAGGAAAUACACUUCCACCGGCUUCAAAGAAAUCAAGAACUGAGAAGUUGAAAGUUUAUGUGCUUCCAUUUACACAUGUAGAUCCUGGAUGGCUCGAAACAUUCGAAAGAUAUACAAAAAGUACGAAUCAAAUUUUGGACAAUAUGCAUCAGUUUAUGAUGAAAAAUGAGAAAAUGAGAUUUAUGUGGGCGGAAUUUGUGUUUUUUGAACGAUGGUGGUCGUUGCAAAACGAGCAAGUUAAGGAAGACGUCAAGAAAUUAGUUACGGAAGGUCGUCUUGAACUGGCAACAGGCUCAUGGGUUAUGACGGAUGAAGCAAAUCCGUAUUUCCCAGUUUCCGUCGAUAAUAUUGUUGAAGGAUUUCAAUUCAUCCAUAAGAAUUUUGGUAUCAAACCCCAAACAAUGUGGUCAAAUGAUCCAUUUGGGUACUCGAAUUCCGUUCCAUAUUUAUUCAAAAAAUCAGGCGUUCAUAGAACUGUAAUAAACCGAAUUCAUCACAAGUUGAAGCAAACAUUGCAAAGUCAAAAGGCAAUUCCAUUCAAAUGGCGGCAAUAUUUUGAUGCAACUGGAGAAGAUGACGUAUUAACCCAAAUCCUACCAUAUACACAUUAUGACAUUCUCAAUUCGUGUGGUUCCGAUGCUUCGGUCUGCUGUGAAUUUGAUUUUAAGAGAAUGACACAUUGGUCGUGUCCUGGGCCGAAGCCUGAAAAAAUUACGAAUGCUAAUGUGGCUGCAAAGGCUGAAAAACUCGUCAACCAACUUGAAAAAAUGUCCGAAAUGUACAAGGCGCCGGUGAUUCUUAUGAUGCAUGGUGAUGACUUCCGAUUUGAUAUGAUUGAAGAGUGGAACCAACAACACGAUAACUUUAUUCCAGUUUUUGAUGAGAUCAACAAAGGGUCUCGAGUGGAAAUUAGAUUUGGUACCUUUACCGAUUACUUUAACGACCUUGAAAAGUGGUAUUCGAAUAACAAAGACUCUGAGCCACCAACUGUUUCCGGUGACUUCUUCCCUUAUAUGUGUGCUCUUGGAGACUAUUGGACUGGAUAUUAUACUACAAGACCGUUUUUCAAACGUCAAGGAAGACUUCUUCAUUCUCUGAUUAGAAAUGGAGAUAUCAUGCUCUCAAUGCUACGUGUAAAUUUGAAGCAGAGAAAAAUCGGCGAAAAUGUUAAAAGACUCGAGGCAGCGAGACGGAACUUGGCACUUUUCCAGCAUCACGAUGCAAUUACAGGAACUUCAAAAGUGAGCGUAAUGGACAAUUACUCGGAACUCCUACACGCUUCUAUUGUUUCUACAAACAUUGUGCUGGAAAAUUUGACAAAAAGCGAUAUCGAUCUCUACCCCAGAAUUCACGAUGGAAUCGAACUUCAGACAAUUGUUGAUUUGGAAUCCAGUGAAAAGGAAAUUCGAAUUUUCAAUAGUCAUUUGUUUGAAAUAACUGAUGUGUUUAAAAUCCGGGUCAAGGAACGAGAAGUUAUAGUUUCGAUUGAUGGAAAAAUUAUUGAAGCUCAAUUGGAACCUUUCUUCCAAAAGUCGAAAGUGGAGAAGGAUUCAUUUUUGCUUCUGUUCCAAGCAACUGUUCUUCCAUUGAGUAUGAUGAAAGUGAAAGUACAAAGAGGAGACUCUGGAGGUUUGACGAAAAUGGCUAAAAUUGAAGCAAAGGAUACUAAUGCAUGGGAUUUGGGAAGCAGCUGGACAAUUGCGUCUUCAACAUCGGCUCCAAACUUAGAAACACCAUACUUUAAAGUGUCAAAUGAUCCAAUAACUGGAGCAAUUCAGAGCGUGAAUAAACUCAGCGAUAAUUCAAAAUUCCAUUGUCAGCAAUCGUUCUACAACUAUAAGGAAGCUGGUGGAGGUGCAUAUCUCAUGAGAUUACACACUAAUCCAAAGGAAAUAAUUGAGUAUCAAUGGUUAAAAGUAUCAGGCCCUCUGCGACAAUCGAUCUAUCAAAAAUCUACAAAUGUUUUACAACGACUGAGUAUUCAUAAUGUUGAAGGUCCAUCUGGUGAGGAAGUCGAUAUUUCCAUGUCAAUUGAUAUUACAAAAGAGAGAAAUACGGAAUUAAUGACACGAUUCUCUACAAAAUGGGACAAACCAUUAACUUAUACAGACAGUGUUGGAAUGCAAUUAUUAAGAAGAGAUUUCUAUAAGUUGCCAGUUCAAAGUAAUUACUAUCCAAUGCCAACUGCAGCUGUUUUGCAGAGUGGGAAACAGAGGUUGUCUAUAGUAUCUAAUGUGGAGCAUGGAGCAAGAUUCUUGGAAAGCGGAACUGUUGAAAUUAAUAUUGAUCGAAUUUUGAAUCAAGAUGAUGGAAAAGGUCUUGGAACUGGUCCGGAUGCAAUUCCAAUUGACAUGAAACCAGUUGAUAUGAAAUUUAAAUUAAUUUUCGAUAGCCUUGAAUCGGAUCCAACUGAGAAUUCCCGUUAUUCAACACACAGUUUCCGUGCUCAACAAGCAGUUCAAACAAUCAUUUAUCCACCGAUGAUGUUCAAUAGGCCACCGAAAAAAGAAGAGGAUAUUGAAGAAAUCGAGGAAAUUUCGAAUUUGAAAUUUCCGUGUGAUAUUCAACUAUUGACUGUGAGACCUUUGGAAGAUAAUAAACAAUUAUUGAUUUUAUAUCGACAUGCAACCGUGUGCUCUAGUCAAAAAGUUGGAAACUGUGGUGGUGAAUUGAAGAGUUCUCUCAUGGAUCUUCUCAUCAAACUGGGUGCAAAACAGGUUCAAAAAACGGAUUUAAGUGGAGUUACACGAGUUGGAGGAAUUAUUAAAGUUGAAUAUUUACCGGAUUAUGAGCUCAAAACUUUUGAUUUCUUGACUUUGAUUCUUUAUCGAUGACUUGUUUCUCUUUUCACUUUUUAGGGAUAUUUUAUUAUGGGUAUUGUACAAAUCUCAAUGUUUUUGUUUUGUUCCUUUUUUUUUAAGUUUUUUCUGUGAUAUAAUAAAGGAUUCAACUCUUGGUUUAAAA